UCAAACACGGAAACAAGAUGGCGACUUGACCGUCCUAAUUUGUACACAAUUUUACGAAAACAUUGUUUAUAUUGUUUAAUUAGAAUAAAAACGAUGUAUAAUUACCGCUUUGUGGUCUAAUAUAGAUUAAGGAUAAUUAAAACUGAAUGGAAACAACGAAUAAUAUACAAAAAUGUCUUUAGAAAACUGGAAAUUAGAGAAAGAUUUGUGUCGCUGUUGUCAUAACGAAGGAACGUUUAUUAAUUUGGCUGAUCCAUUUACUACAGUCGGUAUUACUGAAACAUACACAGAUAUGCUGAAAGAAUGUUUCGAUAUUGAUUUGUCUCCAGUACCAGGCAUGCUGUGCGCAUCAACAUACACAAUAUGUGAGUCCUGCGUCACACGGUUACGAGAUGCUACAGACUUUAAGAAACAGGUUUUAACUUGUGAGGAAGCAUUUAGAGAUCUAUACAAUAGGAAUUUUAUAAAAGAAGCAGAACCAAUAGUUCAAGUAGAAGUGAAACAAGAAAUACCUGAUGCUACUCUAGACGAUGUGUUCAAAGAUGCGUGUCCGCUGGACAGUGGCAAUGACUACGUGUGUGUGGACAGCGAAGACGAAAUGGAGCUGAAAGUGGAUGAGCAGGAUGACCCUUCAGAAGUUGAUGUAAAAAGCAAGAAGAGAAAAUUAAGAAGCAGUAAGAAAUCACAGAAGAACAAGAGUUGUAGAACAGAGAGGAAGAAUGUAAAGGUAGAGACGGAAGAUAACAGCGGGAGUCAUAAUAAAAAGAUAGGAGAAGCCUACUACGACAUCGUCGAUGAAAAAUAUCGGUGCAAGGAAUGCGGCAACACAUUUUCCUCUCAGCCCCUGAUCUCCCAACAUUAUCGCUUUGUCCAUUUAAAAAGACGACCGAGAUUACGAAAAUGUCCAUACAAAGAUUGUAAUGUCAAAAUUCCCGCCUAUUUGCGAACGUCACAUUUGGAUUUGGAACACGGUGUCCCGGCGCCAUCUUGCGGCGUUUGCGGCAAAAAGUUCCGAUAUCCCUCCGGAGUUUUGGAACAUCAGAAAAAAGUUCAUAUGGGCGAGAAAACUUGUGUUUGCAAUUUGUGUGGAAAGAGCUUUUUUGAUAAUCACAGUUUGAAAUUGCAUUUGAAAACGCAUUCUGAUGUUAGGAAGUUUAAAUGUGAUUUGUGUGGUAAACUAUUUCGGUGGGAAAACAAUUUGAAAGAUCAUGUUCGGAUACACACUGGAGAGAAGAGGUUUGCCUGUCCCGUGUGUGGGAAGGAUUUUGUUCAGAAAUCUACGUUAAAACAACAUGCGAUGCGGAAUCAUCCUGGUGUUGAUAUUUCAAGCUUAACAGACGUUAGAAAAAUGAAGGAGUAAAAUAAAGAAAAGAAACUGACGUGAAACUACGAUUAUGUUGCGUUUCGCUGUGUUGACGUUACCGGAGGUCUAAUCCCCCU